UGUUACUUUUGUUGUUAAUUAUGAACAUGUACCUAAAGCCAUGAAUUUGGGAUAAAUUUAACUUAAUUGUUUAUAAUCCUGUUGAACAGUGCGUUUCUACUUUAGUUUUGUGAUACCGUCGAUACCGAUAAUAAGGAACGUCAACAAUCCCUUUACCAGUUAGUUAAACUUUAAGGUUAUGAUUUAAAAUGUUGGAAAAUCAUUUGGCGCUGCAUAACUUCAAUGGCCAAACGUGGAAAAAUUCCGCCGCUCACAAAUAUUUAGAAAAUUUGCCAAUUACGAGCUCCGAUGUAAAUUCUGUUAUGGACACAAGAUAUUUACUACCUCGGGAAUACAUCUUUACAUUUGGUUUCGAAAAUGGCAUUACUAAUCCUGUGAUAUAUUUCUCGUGCAAGCUAUGUCAGUUACUGAUUAAGAUUCACGAAUUAAAAAGCCACAUGCUCUCUAAGCAUUCCAAUUUGGAAACGUCGUUAUCUAAUUUAAUCCCGAUAACUAGCCCGCCGCAGUCAGGAAGUAAACCAAAAAAGAGUUCGCAUAAGAGCAAGAAGAAAGUGGUUCCACCCCCAAAUGUUCCUCCACCUCCUUUGUUUUCGAAUAUUGAAGUGUCUAGCCCUGUACCUGCAAUAGAAAAUUUACUUCCACCCGUUUUACAACCAGUGGAAACAGUGCAAGAGAAUGCACCCGCUAAAAUUGAGGUUGAUCAAGUUCCUAGUGAGGCACCACAUUCAGCAUUACCCACCCAAACUUCGCCAACCGUUGUUCGCGUACCAGCCAUUAGUAUUUUAAAACCUAAAAAGGAUAGACUAGAGCUACACAAACAUAAAAAGUUGAAAAAGAAAAAGAGCGAUUUCGAUCCCGAUAAGCAUUGCGGCGUCGUAGAUAAUAAUAAUCAGAGAUGCCUGAGGGCAAUUACAUGCGCCAAUCAUACCAUUGUUGAAAGACGUGCCGUUCGCGGUCGUUCCACAAGCAUAGACUCGUUGAUCUCCCAAUAUAAGACGGCUAAAUUGAAGUCGAAGCAUCGGAAUGUCCCUAACGUUUCUCUCAAUAUAGCGCCGAAGCAAGAAGUUAAAAGCGGAAUUAAAUAUAUCGAGUUAAUUUACGAUAAAAGUUCCGCCAACAAGUUUUCCGAUACUCCGCUACUGCCACAUGAUAAUCACAAUACCUCCACUCAUACUGCUAAGACGCAUAAACGAGAGAAUCACGUUAUAAAAAGUAUUCAAAUAAUAAAUUCUGCAAACGACGGAAAUGUACCGCCAACAAUUCUAUUAACAAGCGAAAAUUCCGGCAAGCAAAUGGUUUCGGCUAAAUUAAAGACUGGAAACGGAAAACUGAUCAAAUUGAGAUUAGUCCAAAGCAGCACCACCUUACCUUUGCCAAAGUUAUCGGAGUCGGCGACUCCCCUAACGCCGACGAUUUACAGCUUACAUCCUAAGCCGAUGACUAUGCUAACUGGCUCCCUAAGACGCGUUGGGAGUAGCAUCGUAUUACAAAAUUCGACUCGUUUAGAUCGCCAAAGAAUGGAUUUACAAGCGGUCAUUAACCAGCAUAAACAGUUAAAGAUAUCUGUGUCCAAUAAAGCUGUUUUGCAAUUGAAUUCUAAUAGUACGAAACAAAGCAUAUUAAAAAACAAUCUCAAAUCCGGUACAUUCAAACGUACGUCGGUAGAUAAAAGCAGCGAUUUGAAGCAAAUGAUCUGCGCUUGCUCGUACAUAAAGCAGCUUUUGUAAAACUCAAAUGUGAUAUUUGCCAAUUUUUUGUUUACAAUGCAAACGUCAUCCUUUACGAAUUAGAGAUCUCUGAAAAUAUUUUCCCAAAGAGACAUGCUACUCACUAGGACUGAUUGAUUUUAAUUUAUUUAGACGUAAAAGCUUCUGUAUUAGUAUAAAGUUACAGGACUAAGGUAUCUCGCUGCUAAUAGUUGCUUACGCUCAAGAAAAUGUGUGGUUACUUUAGAACGAAUAAAAUGCAAUGUACCAGCGAUUGCUCUAGGCCUCGACAGUGAAAAAGAAAUUGAAAAACUACCGACAUUACUUACUGGAGAGAUACUUCAAAUAAGUAGGUCGAAACACCAAUAUGCUACUGUGGCUAUGGUUUUCUAGUCAAACGCUACUGGUGUAUUCCAGAAUAUGCGAUCUGUAUUAAAAUUAUUAUUUUUUUUACAACAUUAUCUUUUUUAAUUGUGCCUUGAGUGAUUUUUAGCAGUGGACACUGUGAUUCACAGUUAUAUUUCUUCCUAUUUAUAAGAAAAUUUUAUUUAUACUUGGUUUGAUUUUACACUGUUACACAUUUUUUAUUAAACCCUUGUAAUAGUUAUCGUCGAUUGUCACAAUGUGAUGCCGUUUUUUUGGAAAACCAUGCCUUAAUAUUCCUAACGUAAUAAAUAAAAAAGAUAAGCGUUCUAUAGACAAACAAAAUUUGUAAAUACAUAAGUCUAUCAUAGAAACAUUAUUCGUGUGAUCCUAAAUAAGUCACUUAUCCGUCUGUAUAUAUUUGUACAUGUAUAAUUCUAUAACUUGCACUAGGUAUAUAUCGAUUUUAUUUAUUCUAUUUAAUUAAUUAAGUCCAUGUAAUUUUGUUACUUUUACUUACUGUUAUGAUUUCCAUUUAUUUAUACGGUUACUGCUAAUGACUCAUGGAAAAGUUCUCAAAUAAAAAUGUGAAUAUUA